AUGGCUGACCAUCAGCCCGCCCCGUCCGUCAAGGUAGAAAACCUCUCCUACAGUUUCCCAGAUCGCACCACCGGUCUCAAAUCCGUCUCCCUCUCCCUCCCUUCUCGCUCUCGAACCCUCCUUAUAGGCGCCAAUGGCGCAGGAAAGACAACACUCCUCCGUCUCCUAUCCGGCAAACGACUCGCGCCGUCUGGCACAAUCUCAAUCGGCGGCCUAGACCCAUUCAAAGAUGGCCUCGAAGGCGUGACAUAUCUCGGUCUCGAAUGGGUCCUCAACCCCAUCGUGCGAACCGACAUUGGCGUCCGCGAGCUACUCGCCAGUGUAGGCGGCAAUCACUAUCCAGACCGCAAGGAUGAGCUCGUCGAAGUCCUAGACAUCGACCUAGAUUGGCGCAUGCACGCCGUAUCGGAUGGAGAGCGGCGGCGCGUGCAGCUUGCCAUGGGGCUUAUACGCCCGUGGAGCAUAUUGCUGCUAGAUGAGAUCACGGUCGAUUUGGAUUUGCUGAGCCGGAGCAAUUUCCUGGCGUUUUUGAAGAAAGAGACGCUGGAGAGGGAGUGUACCAUUGUGUAUGCGACGCAUAUCUUGGAUAAUUUGGCGGAGUGGCCGACUCAUUUGGUGCAUAUGAGUAUGGGAAGGGUGAAACAAUGGGGAAAGGUUGAGGAGAUGGAGGCGCAAGCUUUGCAGGGGAAGGAAGCAAGUGGGAAUAGUCGACUGGGCAUGUUGGUGCUUGGGUGGCUGAAGGAGGAUUUGAAGGAGAGAGGCCCUAGGGACAAUAGUGACGGCAGCGAGGGCAAAGCUUACUUCAAUCCCGGUAUUGGGGGCUAUGGGCUUCAGAAGGUAGGGUUUUGA